AUGCCGCCCGUACACAACUGCUUCGAACUCGUCGUUGGCGAGGCCAGACAUGAUCAACCAACGAACCAAACAGGAACCCCUGAACACGCCACGCGGGCAGUACCGAGGUUCAGGCUAGCCGGCCCGUUCGCCAGGCCACCUCAAGUCCGUCGGAUCGGUAAAGGCCCACAAGGCCAACAGUGGCUCAUCAAGCCAAAUAAAAAGCGGGCAGUGGCUGCU